AUGUUAUACUCUACUCCUCCCUUUGAACCUACAAUCAAACUUGAACCUUUCAAAGUGUCCAUCCCAGAUAAAGAUAUCGAAGAACUGAAAACCUUUAUAAAGUAUACUAGAAUACCUAAAGAGACUUUUGAGAAUAUAGAUGGUCUGAAGAAAGGGUUUGGAGUAGAUAAGAAAUGGGUAGAGGAGACGAAAGAAUAUUGGUUGAAUCAAUAUGAUUGGAGGAAAAACGAAUCUCGUAUCAACUCACAACCUGCUUUCACCACUACAAUCAAGAAUAAAGAUGGAUUGGAAUAUACAAUUCAUUUCGCAGCUUUAUUCUCUGAAAACAAAAAUGCUAUUCCAAUCAUAUUGAGUCAUGGUUGGCCAGGUGCAUUCAUCGAGUUUUUGAGUUUAAUGGAACUCGUGAGGAAACAGUAUAAACCAGACGAAUUACCAUAUCACUUGAUCUUCCCUUCAACAUCAGGUUUCUUGUUCUCUUCUUCUCCGCCUUUAGAUCGUGAAUUCUCUUUGGAUAACGUAGGUUAUCUCUAUGAUCAACUCAUGAAAGGACUUGGUUUCGGAGAUGGAUAUAUCGCACAAGGUGGUGAUAUUGGAAGUCAUAUCACCAAUGAGCUAGGAUACGGUCAUAAAGCGUGUAAAGCGAUCCACUUGAAUAUGCGAGCAUUCUCAUUACCACCAGCCGGCACCCCCGAAGCGUCAAAACCGCACGGUUUGGAAGAAUUCAUCGAAUCAAAUCAACCUUUCGGAUAUAAUCUAGAGCACGCAACUAGACCUUCAACCAUAGGUUUAGUGGUAGGAAGUAGUCCAAUCAGUUUAUUAUGUUGGAUAGGUGAAAAAUUCCUAACUUGGUCAGACCAAGAUCCAUCUUUGGAAACCAUAUUAACUUUUAUCAAUUUAUAUUGGUUCACUGAUACUUUCCCUUCGAGUAUUUGGAGAUACAGAUAUGGAAAAGGGCCAUUGAGACACAUCAAAUCUGCCGAAGAUGAAUACAUGUCAAAACCCACUGGAUAUAGCUAUUUCCCUAAAGAAAUAACACCUGUACCUGUACAUUGGGUUGAAAAAGUCGCCAACUUGGUUUGGAGUAGGGAACAUGAAUCCGGAGGUCAUUUCGCUGCUUUGGAAAAACCAGAAAUACUCUGGGCAGAUGUAGAAGAUUUCGUUAAACAAGUCUGGCCAACUGUCUCUUCCAAAGAAUGA